AUUGGGCUUGGCAGUCAGAUGUCAGUCCUUGAGAGAACCAAGCUCAUAUGCCGUCAAUUACUUUAAAAAGAUUGCAAAUAACCAAAGAAUAUUCAGUGACCUAGUUUCAGACCGCUGCAUAUCACAUUAUUUUUGAACUAUCAGGAAUACUGUACCGCUAGAUGUUUUUUCUCAUGUUGGCCUUUCAUGUGUUUUUUCUCAUGUUGGCCUUUCAUGUGUUUAUUUAACAGUGCCAGUCAUUAAUAAACGUUACAAGAAUAGAAGAUGGUGAAGAGUAAAGAGGGAGAAGUAGAAAGUCUCCAUGGUGACGGCAAUUGCAAGAGACACCAGUGUCUAGACAGAUCUUCCUUGAAUCCCGACAAUGUAGCCCAAACAAGCAGCACUAUGGAAAUUGAAAGAACAAACAUGGAUAUUGAAAGAACAAACAUGAAUAUUGAAAGAAAUAGUUCCUUCUCAGACUGUGAUGGAGAAGUGGAAAACCCGUUGAUCCCAAAUAAUAGCCCAUUUAGACUUCUGUCUCAAGGCCAAGUUAUCGUGCCACAUUUUUCUAAAAACGAUUCUCAAGGUGGCAACAUUGGACGACUGGGUCAAUCUCUAGGUAGUAUGAACAGUGCACGAUGUGGAAACCAGCACAGUGACCUGGUUUGGAUAGGUAGUUCUCAGAACACGAUGCAUCUUGCUAACCGUGUGCCUGUUCACGGACCUUUCAGAGGCAACAUUGUGAGCUCAAACAGUAACAUGUCCCGUCAGCUGUCAAGCUGUGGCUAUAGCUCUAUGACAAUGUCGGAGACUGGGACAGAUAUGUGUGCCAUCUGCAGGAUCUGCCAGAUGCCUGACUCAGAUAGGGACCCCCUGAUCUCUCCGUGCCGGUGCGCUGGUUCCCUGAAAUACGUCCACACCAUGUGUCUCAAGAAAUGGGUGCGGACCCUGCAGCAUAGAUUGCGCAAGCAGACGCCAUGCUGUGAGCUGUGCCACUACCAGUUCAUGAGACACAAGCAUUUCAAGUUCAGCCAAUGGCGAUGGCCAAGGGUGCGCACUCAUGACAAAUUCCUGCACCUGGUUUUCCUGCUCAGUCUGCUUGUUAUGAUUGGUUGUGCCAUUGCAACGAUCAUGUGCUUCAUCUCUGACCGCGACAACACUGCAAAGUUCAUGAAAAACAAGAUGAAGUUGACAUCCGACGAAGUCAUCACCUUGGCAUGUGGGGUCACCUUCUUUGUUGCUUUCUUCAUAGCGAUGACGGUGGAGAUUAAGGCUCGGCACACUAUCUACAAGCUGUUCACAAAGUUUUUGAUCCAGAACACUGAGUGGACGGUGGAACAGUACGACCCGGAUAAAGAUCCUUUGUUCAAAAAACAUAAAUUGACUGUCAGUCAGAUUUGAUGAUGGUUGAAGUAGUUUACUUAUGAUGCAAUUAUAUUGCCUAUCUGUAUCUGUUAGUAAUUUAGUGUUUACAGUGCUAAAUGAUAUUUUGUUAUUUCAUACGUGUUUGUGGAAUUAUAUUUAUCUAUUGUGUAGUUGAAAGCUUAAGUAGAAAAUUAUAUUAAAGUAAUAUAUAUACUCAAAAUCAACAGUUAUUUCACUAAAUAUUUCAUAAAGUAAAUGUAACCCAUAAAAAAAUCAGUGCAUCUUACAGCAAUAACCAGAAUUUCAAUGCUAGAUGUGGUAUGGUAACAUAGAUAUAACGAGAUACAAAAUGCUUGUUUUUUUAUGGCACAAUAUAUUCCAUUUUAAUUUCCUGCAACCGUAUCUGUUCAUGCAACACACGAACACUAACUUGGUGCAUAAAUAAGUGUUUAAUACAUUGUUCCACAAAAAACAAAAAAGAGCAUUUUGUAUCUGGUUAAAUCUAUCUUACCAGACCACAUC